AUGCCGUCUGUUGCGGAGCGUCCACGCUCGUCGCAAGAGGCUUUACUUCGUCUUGAAAAAGGCUCUGGUUCACCGACCGCUCAGCUUAACGAAGCCGCCCAGAUCAUCGGGUUAGACCUGGCCCUGUGUGCGAGCCAUCCGCAAAUCAAUCGAAACCCUUAUAUUCAGACCAGGGCCGUUCCGAAGGAAGAAUGGGUGCUCCGAUGGCUGCUGAAGAAGUUGAAGGCGGGGAUAAACUAUCGUAUCGAACCGGCCUCGUUCCUUCUCUUACGGCAGCUCAUUGAUCUCAUUCCUGCGAAGGCGUUGGCAAUUACACUCAAAGACCAGAAAUUUUUGGGCAUCCUCAGCCAUGCUAUCACGGACUUAGAGGAGGAAGUUUUUACCGGUCUGGAAAAUGGGACAACGGAGCUCCUUUAUUCGGACUCCGAGUCGAGUACGACGCUUAGCGACUCGCCGCAUGACGUUGGAAAGUACGAUAAGAAAGGGACCAAGAGGAAAAGGCCUGGUGACAGUGAACAAGACGCCAUGGACAUCGAUGACCAACCACGAAAUCCCUCCUCGUGCUUCUUGACCUUCAUCCGUGCGCUGGAUUGUUUGUACAGCUUGGCGAUGCUGGCGAGUCGGACAUUGGGUAUUGAAGAGGCAGCGAGCGCUCACCUGAGGCACGCUCUGAAAGGGGAGCCCGAGACCAUUGCCCUGAUGCUGGGAAAGUCGCUUAGAAUUGCUGCCGUGGCCACUACACAGUUUUCCCGCGCGCGGAAAACAACCGAUUUACAACAUUUAUUGUACGUGCUUCCAGCGGUCUUGGAGCUAUGGGAAUUAAGGUCCUAUCGUCGGAGCGAUUCAGACAGCGGAUCAGACAAUGAAUUUUUUGCCAAGUUAUGCUUCCAAAGCGCCCUAAGAUUACAUCUCUGCGUGCGAUCCGUCCGACUCGACACGGAUGAGAGAGCUGAAGUCUUGCAGGGAGUGGAGCGUCUUAUUGCUCUCCAUGUGGUCCUCCCAGCGCGAGCGGCAUUUUUUGACCGAGGAGGCUCAGGCAUCGACUACUCAGCGACCGAGACCGAUUGGAGUCCUGUCAAACCUGUUUCUGAUACUUUCAAGCCUAUUCUCUGCGGGACCGAAUUCCCUCCCGCGGCCACCGGCAAAAAUGUAAAUACUACAACCAAGCCUUUUUGGACGACAGCGGAUCUCCUACCCGAAUUCUUCGACAUAGCAUCCCGUUCAGUGCCCAGGGACACUUUCAAAAGACAGACACACGAGGCUCCUUGGCUAGAAACCCUUUUUGUGGCUGUUGCCGAGAUUGCAUAUUGGGUUGUUAAAGCAGAAAAUGCGGAUAUCUAUCUACCGGAGUUUGUCGGCGUUCUAGAACGCCUUUUCCGUGUGGUUCUUUCUCGCGGUGUACAGCUAUCACUUCAUACAUUGCUUACACAUGCUGUGUAUACCGGUUUGCUUAAGGACGGGUUAUCACAGGUCGAGUGGAACCUCACUGCACUGCUAAUUGAGCUAGGUGCGGAUAUCUUUUUGCCGAAUUCUGGGCUGCCUGAUUCAACAAAACUGCUCAAGGCGUUGCUUGAGAAAAUCUUCCUUCAAUGGCGGAGCGGCGUGUCUCGCACGCAUAUCAGCUACGACGUCAUUAAAAGUGGCAUUGUGAUCCCGCUAUUGCGCGGGUUUGUCACAGCCCGAGAUUUGCGCACCUUUAUGAAAUUGUGGCACGAGCAGCUUAUCAGGGUCGAAGAGGCACGAUUACAGGACAGUACCUUGAGUCUCUUUACAGUCUGGGAGGACGAUGAUGUAUGCAACGUUUACAGCGAGCUGAUGCGCAGCCCCCUUACUCACGCAUAUGCUGCCGUGCAGAUGCACACUGCAGCCUCAGAGGUCCGGGGUAAGGAUAGUAAAGUAUCUGCUACACCCGGCGCCUAUGCGCAGGUUUUGAUUUUGGAAGCGGGUCUCAGAAGUCGCCCCUUGACUUCUACCAUUCCACAUGAAGACUUGGAGCCUAUCCUCGACGUGUUGACAUCCACGCUAUCAUCAAAGCAAAGCCUUCAUUGGCGGUGGCGACUGUGGAGGCUUGCUCGCAACCUGCUGGAAAACAAUGGCCCUUCCACCCGUGAUGGUCGUGUUGCUGCGGACGUGGGAUUAAUGGAUUCCGCAGCCAAAUCGAUCCAACGCCAUUCAACAGACGAGAUGCAAAAGCCAUGUGCUACCCUGGAAUGUUUUGAGGCAUACAGAUUUUCCCUUGCCUCCGUCAAGGCGUCUGCAAGUUCUAGCAAUGUCGACAAGUUUAACUCGCUCAUGAAGAAUAUCGCCGGAUUUCUUCGAGUGAGCUCCAAGCAGGAUAUUUUGCAGUGGAUGGACUCGCCAUGGGAUGGGCGUGCAGAGACCCUCAGCUCUCCGAUCACUCUUGCCCUGGCUUACUCCCUAGCACUCAUCGGAAGCCCAGAUGCCUGGUCCCUUAUCGAAUCCGACACCCGUCGGUCUCUGUUCCAACACAUGCUGUCCAUGGCGACCUCACAGUACAGACCAUCGUCGUCCGUGUUGGAAACCGCUCCAGCCGGUGCACGGUUCCUGCAGGCCUGGGCUAGCGUAGUGUGCCACGAGUACCUCCUCAACACUCCCAUCAUUGUCACAGACCUGAUUCAAGUGCUCACGGGAGCUGCCAAGGAAGAUACAUCAAAUCGCAUGCUUUACAUCGAGAGCCUGCAAAGGAUCCCUGCCCCGCUCAUUAUCCGUGGUCAGAGAGCAAUCCUGCUGGAGCUGAUGCAAGAAAUUAUCUUGCAAAAAAAUAGCACGCCGGAUGUCACUGUGGGGGUGUUGUCACUGAUGGCGAAGUUGGCCGAUAUGCCCAAGUCUGCAGCUACUAUAACCAGCGACUGGGAGCCAAUGUGGACCGUGGCUAAAGCCGUUUCUUUGAAUGGCAAUGACGUUGAUCUUCAAAUCAUGAAGGCUUUCCGAAAUUUACAUCGGGCCGUUGUGGCUAAGCUGCUUGUCCAGUCGGAUGAAGAUCGCCGCAAGACGUUCAAAAAAAUGUACCGGAAAGUGUUGGCCAAGGCGUCCAAGUUGCGGUCGGUCGACCGCGACUCAAUGGACUGUUUCUUCCUCCGGAUAUCUCUGUCCCAACUCUGGAUACACCGCAGAAGCUUUCCCGCUGUUUUCAACGAAACAGAGCUUAUUACCUGCCGCCAGAAAGUGUUUGAGCUCGUUGUGGCGGAGGUGAAGGCUGCCAGGGAUCAGUGCAAGAAGCAGAAGCUGGAAGAAACCAUCACUCUGAUUAAAAUCCUCGAUGCAUUGGAAGAUUUUGAGGAUCUUGCUACUAAUCACGCCGAAGUCGAGAAGUUCCUGGUCAAGAUCGAGAGCUAUGUCGAAAAGUCCCUUGACUCCGACUCGUCACUGCGGAGGCUAAUCAGACGCCGUAUACUGGCUGGCCGAGGAUCUGACAAGAGUGUCACCGUUCCGAUCAUACAGUAUGCAGAGGCGCUUCCCCUCCAGCAACUGUACAGUGAGGAGCAACGGCUUUUCAUUCGGUCGACGAGCGCAAGGUUCCGGGAAUUGACUAUGGAUGAACGAAUCCAAGUGAUCCGAGAUGUCCGGGAAUUGGGAUUCCUGGGAGACAGCGCCCAGCAACACCUCCUUAUUUCCGGCCUGGCCGUGGCAUCGCUUACCCCCAUCGAAGACAAGGACAGCGAUUCCGCCAAGGAGCUGUCGCUCCUGUGCACCGUGGUCACGGAUUCGGUUUCGCGGAGCAAAUCGAUCGAGCAAUUUACCUUUGGUAUGGAGUGCCUGGAUCUGAUCCUGCGGAACCACACGCGCUGCGUUACCCAAUGGAACGUCGACAGUCUUCUCGCGUGUGUUGCCGUCUGCGCGUCCAAGGCGGGGCCUCGCAUCAACCCCGAAUAUUCGGGCACGGUCUAUAUCCGACUCUGCCGGAUCAUGGGGAUUCUCUUGGGCAUCCACCGGCAGAAACUCGGGGGCAGGUUCCACCUGAUCCUUCCUGCGAUGCAGCGAUUACUGAACUGCUUGUUUGCCCGCACUCGGAAACGGACGCGGUCGAUGCUCUCGGAGAAACGGUCGACCGAACAACCGUUCUGGCUGGCUCCCUUGCAGGCGGCUCACGCGGUGCACUUCACCCGGCUGCUCACGUCGCUCUGCGAUCCCACUGUUUCAGCCGUGUCGAGGCCGGCGCAGGGCGGGACGGCCACCGAAGGGUUGACGGACCAGACCAAGAAGGCCAAACGGCUCGCGGGCCAGUACCUACAAUAUCUGAUCAUGGAGUAUGCGCAGAGCUCGCUGCGGGGAACGCUGGCGCCCGAGGUCAAGGCAGCGAUCAUGCCUGGACUGUACUCGGCAUUGGACGUGAUGUCACGGGAUACGAUGCGGGCGCUGAAUGCUGGACUGGACGGAUCGGGACGAGCGGUGUUCAAGGGGUUGUACGAUGACUAUCUGAAGUUUGGCAAGUGGAACCAGGGGAUUCUACCUGAUAGCAAUGAAUCAGGCUUUAAUGAUGACGAAGUCGAUGGAGGGGCCUCCGCCACCAAUCAGCCAGAUGCGAUCGAUUGCAUUACUCGAUCACAUCGAGUCAGCGACGAUGAGAUAUUUGUCGCUGUUUGCGGAGACCCAGUGGAGCCGGCGAUAACAGCCGUUCUUACUCGACAAGUCAAGCCACCGAAAGAGCCCCAUGGGAAUGCAUCCCGGUCGUCGAUAUCACCGUCUUCCGUGUCUGAUUGGCCCGAUACCCAUCAUGACGAUAUGGCUUCUCGUGGCCAUGACAGCCAAGUAGGAAUCGGUCAUUGCAACAUGGCCCGUCUCAAGCAAUGGAUCGAGAAGCUCGAGGUGCCGUCGGAGCCAGGGUUGACCAACACCCAACUGAUGUUGAUGAACUAUGACUUGCGGCCAGUUGAACUCGAACGUCGUCAAUGGACAUGGUCUAAUUUUAUUGCAUUUUGGAUUGCCGAUUCGCUGAAUAUCAAUACGUGGAUGAUCUCCUCAUCGAUGAUCGUGGAUGGUCUGUCAUGGUGGCAGUCGUGGCUGUGUGUCUGGGUGGGCUACUUCAUUGCGGCCUGCUUUGUGUGCCUGACUGGUCGCAUCGGUGCCGUCUACCACAUCUCCUUCCCCGUAGUCUGCCGGUCGACUUUCGGCAUCUGGGGUUCCUUGUGGCCUGUCUUGAAUCGGGCGGUUAUGGCGGUGAUCUGGUACGGGGUUCAGAGCUACAUUGGAGGACAAUGCGUGGCCAUCAUGAUCCGGGCCAUCUGGCCCAGCUACAAAAACGUGCCCAACACCCUCUCGGCAAGCUCCGGCGUGGACAGCCAGAACUUCCUGAGCUUCUUCCUCUUCUGGCUCAUCUCCUUACCCGCGCUGUGGUUCCCGGUCCACAAGAUCCGACAUCUCUUCACCGUGAAAGCGGUCUACUCUCCCAUUGCGGCCAUUGCCUUUUUCGCCUGGUCCAUCUCCCGUGCCAAUGGCAUUGGGCCGAUCGUGCAUCAACCCGCCACCGCACAUGGGAGCACGCUGGCAUGGGCGGUGGUGAAGGCCAUCAUGAGCUGCCUGGGCAACUUUGCGGCACUCAUUAUCAAUGACCCUGACUUUUCGCGGUUCGCCCGCAAGCCGAAGGACGCUCUCUGGUCGCAACUCUUCACGAUUCCCAUUGGAUUCGGCAUCACUUCGUUCAUUGGCAUCAUCGCGUCGUCCUCAUCGGCCGUGAUCUUUGGGGGUCGCAUGGUGUGGAAUCCGCUCGACCUGUUGAGCAUGUUUUUGGACGGGGCCAGCUCGGGCGAACGCUUUGGAAUCUUUGUGAUCGCUACGGGAUUCGCCCUGGCGCAGCUAGGGACGAACAUCUCGGCCAACUCGGUCUCUGCGGGUACGGAUAUGACCGCGUUGCUUCCUCGAUACAUCACCAUCCGACGCGGAAGCUAUAUCUGCGCGGCCGUGGGCUUGGCUAUGUGUCCAUGGAACCUGGUGUCUUCGUCCAAUCAGUUCACCACCUAUUUGUCGGCCUAUUCGAUCUUCCUAUCCGCCAUCGCGGGCCCCAUGUUCUGCGACUACUACGUGGUCCGCAAGGGGUACCUGCAGAUCAAGGAUCUCUACACAGUGCGCAAAAACUCCGCCUAUCGAUACGUGUAUGGGUUCUCGUGGCAGGCAUACGCGUCGUAUAUCUCCGGGAUCCUGGUCAACAUUGUGGGAUUCGCCGGCGAGGUGGGCCGCACGGUGCCCGUCGGGGCCCAGUAUAUCUACAAGAUCAACUACUUCUCCGGGGUGGUCGUGUCGUUCGUCAUGUACUACAUCCUGACGCGCAUCGUGCCUGUGCCAGCCACCAGCGACCACUGGAACGAGGUGGGCGUGGAUGUGGAUCAUCUGUCGGUGGCUUACGGCGAGGAAGUGGAAGCGGACGCGGAAGAAGAAGAUGCGAUACCCAAACCGGACGAUUCCACGGAUUUUGGAUUUGCGUCGACAGACCAUAAGAGCGGGACUAAGGUGGGAUCUGCCGCGGUGUGA